AUGCUCAUUUCAAAUGUGUUCAUCGGAGUCUCAUUAAUGGGUGUUAUGUUAAUGGAAAAGAUUUCUGAAAAAUUCCAUCAGAAUACCUCGUGUUACGAAUUGGCAAAUCAGUUGAAUGUUUUAUUUGAUCUUUUCGCAGUCAAGAAACCAAAACAGCAGUCACAAUUCAAAAAGAGUGGAAGGAAACAAUCACUCACGAUGAUGUUGAUGAAGAAGGAGAAAAAGUGCUGUCAUAAUAAAUUUAAAUCUCAAUUGAUUUUCAAAGGAGAAAAGCAUAAAUAG